GCGAUUCGACGUUAUGUAGCUCCGGUGAUGGUGGUUUCAUGGUCGAUGAUGCUUCCGGUCUCCCAAGCGCCUUCGAUCUGCACCGGUGGAGCUUCUUCGAGUCAUCAUAAGAAGUUUGAAAACUCAUUUUCCACGGAAGAAGAAUAUCUAGUUCCCGCCAUGGGUUCUUCAUAAUUUUUCCUAUAUGUAUUUGUUCACAUUAUCAUACAUUUUGGAGUUUUAGGUUUCAAUAUAUCUCUAACUAACUUCUAUUAUUCUUAUUUGCAGAAGAUGAAGUUGAUGGUGAAAAAGAGAAAUUUCCAUCUUUUUGUCGCUUGUUGGUGAUAAAGAUGAAGAACAAGAAGUGUGAUUGGUGUUUUCUUUUUAUUUAUUUUUGGGAUUAACAUCUUUGAUUUGGUGUUGGUUUUAUUAAAUUUGGAUUCAGAAAACUAAAGCAUUUGUUAUGAAUUUAUGAGAUAAUAUUUGGAUUCAGCAACUAAAGUAUCGUUUAUUUUUAAAAUGUUUGGAGUCUAACAAAAAUAAAUAAACUAGUGUUUUGAUCCAACUAAAAUCUUCAACUAAUGACGGUUACAAGACGGUUACUGGCGAUUUUCUGGGCGAUCCUGUUGCUCCCCCAGAUCCUGUGUUUUCUCACCACGAUCUUAGUGGUUGGAGUAGUUCGAGUAUGUGCUUGUGGGUUACUUGCACGUUGUACACCCACUUUGCCUUCAGUUUCCAUGUUGGGAAUCUUUUUCCAAUGUGAUGUAUGCGGUUUAUUGCAUUCUACAAAGGCUAUAUAUAAAUGGCCAUGGGAAAUUGGCUUACCACUGUCUAAUUUUUUGAAAGUCUUAUCUCUUCCUUUCAUUAAGCAAACAAUGACAGAAAAUGUUCGCCGUGCGCUUCAAGACAUUGAUCUAGGAAGUAAUGAUGCUCCCUUUGUUCUGCCCUCUGAUGUUGUUAGUCGUGCUGCUGAAGAAAAUCGUUUCAUUUUGGUGGGGCGUCCCUCUAUGCCCAGAAAACAGAACCUGAGAGGAAUCAUAGCAACUAUGCCUCGGAUUUGGGGUCUUGAUGGUUUGGUUCGUGGGCGUGUCAUGGAAGGAAGACGUUUCCAAUUCAUCUUUCCAAGUGAAGAAGCGAUGGAAACCGUGAUCAGACGUGGCCCGUGGGCCUAUGCUGAUCGCAUGCUUACUCUCCAGAAAUGGACCCCGUUAAUGGAUAUGGAGUUGCUGAACUUUAUACCAUUUUGGAUCCAAGUUCGUGGAAUUCCAUUCCAGUAUAUGAACAGAGAAGUUGUCAUCAACAUUGCGAGGCUCAUGGGUCAAUACAUCCAAGUCGAUUACAAUGAGGAAGCUGGUGGGCGUCUUGAGUUUGUCCGUUUCAGACUCAAUUGGGAUAUCAGCCAACCACUUAAAUUCCAACGCAACUUUCAAUUCACUCCGGGAGUCAACACUUUGCUGAAGUUUCACUAUGAAAGACUUAGAGGUUUUUGUGAAGUCUGUGGCAUGAUCACGCAUGAUUCCGGACGUUGUCUCAUCCAGAAUGGCGGCCCUGAGGAAGGUCUUGACGAUGAGAAUGAUGAGGGUAAUGAUGAACAAGGUCCGGGUGAUCAGCCACAUGGUAAUGUUGGAGUUCUCAUUGAGGAGAUCAAUAAUGCUGAUAACAUCCAAGGAGUGGAUGACAAUGUUCCUGAGGCACCAGACGGUGUUAAUGAUGGUCAGGAUCAUAUGAAUGAAGCAGAAGAUGGUGAUGAGAAAUCUGAUGCUUCUUCUUAUACUGAUGAUGCGGAGUUCUGGAACCCCUCGGGUAAAACCUCUCUGUUCUCGGAGGAAUUUGAAAUGGAGGAGAUGUACUCGAUCACACCAUUUGCUGAUAGACGUGAUGGACGAGAAUCUCUCAAGAGGAAAGCUUGGAUGGCUAAUGCAGAGAACAACAAGAUGAUGCUGUCAAAGAAGAUUACUCAUAUUGGAGAAACAAGCAAGGCUGGGGAUGCUAAAAGGAAGAAGAAAGAUUCAGUGCUUGGAGCUGCAGAGGACGCUGAAGGUAAGAUUCAAGAGGGAGACGGAAACAACACUUUGAGAGGCGCGGUGGGCCCUGAACCACCACUGCCCCCAUGAAAGUAACCUGUUGGAACUGUCGAGGUUUAGGCAGUGACUCGACAGUUCGACGCCUUAAGGAGAUCAAUAGAAAGUAUCUCCCGGACAUCAUUUGCCUGUCUGAAACCAAACAACAAGAUGAUCAUAUCAGA